AUGGGGUCUGUACAGACCCCCUGGACCUCGAUCCUGCUGCAGGAAAAACCUGGACUGCAUGAGUACAAUCAUGCCCUUCUGAAUGUUGACAAGUACUACAGCCGGCUGAGUGCCGCCAUGCAAAGCGAGAAGGUCCGGGACCAACUAUGCCUCAACCCAGAUCAAACACACUCUCGCCUUCUGAAGUCCUUCGAAAUACUUCGAGUCAAGCAAUUGCCGGGUCCCGUUGCGGAGGAAAUAUUCAAGGUCAUGGUUCUCUCAUUUAUCAAUGACAAUAUCUUCUCUCCGGCACAACUCAUUCAGCUUGUCGGUUCUGCCCUUCCAAUUAUUACGAAACAGUCCUCCCAAUCCCAAUACAUGUGUGACGUGGUGGAGGUGCUACUUGCAUCUCAGGGCCUGCUAGACCACUUGGUGGCUAACGAGGAAUACUCCGCGGUGUUGGAAACAUGGAUGUCACCAGGAAACAAUCUCCCGGUUGCUGUCCUCCGGCAGGUGGGUAAUAACGUUAUCUCCAUGUGCAAUGUAUGUUCCGCAGACCAUGGAACUACCACCAUCUCAGAGAGUUGGGAUAUCGCAGUUCAAUCGGAGACAUCUCUCAACUCCCUCGAGAAGUCUCACGAGGAAGAGCUCAAUCGCGUGACAAUCAAAAAUCUGCCCCCGCUGGAGGCAAUGAAAGUCCUUCAAUUGGAUGACAAGAAGUCCAAUUCAUCCCAACUCAACAAAGACCCCAAGAAAAAUCUCCAAAUUCCAGACGAACUUCUUGCACAUCUACAUCGAUUCGACAUAACUGCACCAUUGUCUGUUCGUGGGAUUACCUUGGCCCGUGAAAAGAUUCAAAACAAGAUUAUCCCAGAGCUCCUGCGCUCGGCAUUAGAAAGCUUUCCAUGCAGAAUAUGCCUGGAUAGGCUGAGGGGGAGCCUAACCCCUCUCAUGGUGGCCGUUCGAACAGACAUGCCCUCUGGGAACCCAAAACAAUUUGAUGAUGUCCAAGACAUCUUUGGCAAGCGGAUUGGGGUUUGGAAAGUGUUACUCUCCGAUACUGCUUUCAAAACUGCAAGAAUGCUCGCUGGUGAAGAUACACUUCCCGCCGUGGUCGAGGCACUCAAAGCCCUUGCAAGUGGUGAAUGGACAGGUAAAAAUCUCUCUCGGCCUGUGGGAUCUAAAAAGCAGAAGAAGGCGCUACAGGUUCCCAUCAUGGCUGCUACUGUGAAUUCGACUGUGUCAAUCUUAUGGCAGAUUGAUAUUGGAUUUUACGAUGAGCUUCCGUGGAUUCAGCAGCAUGUCAUCAAAGUUUGGCAAAUCGUAACGUCGGAUCAAGAGCUUGAAAAGGCGAUUGAUCAGCUUAUCUUGAUUCAAACAUCCUACUCCCCUGCGCUCAGUGCACUUUGCGUGACACGGCCCAUGCAGCAAUUCGAUGGAACCUGGAUCCCGCAUCAAUUUGACAGCGUGAAAGGCUCUCACCCAAAGCCACCCGAUCCCAACCCUAACACAGAUCAAGCUUUGAUUGGGAUGUCAAGUACGGUUUCCAUCCACAAUCCACCUUUGACCUCGAAUGAACCACAAGCUGACCUGAUUGACUUCCUAGACAAGUUUUACAAUUUUACCGAGCCACUUCUCAGGUCCCUUCUCGAUAGACAUGAAGACGACGAGUUUCCAUUUGAGCUUUCGGCCCAGGAGUCGGAAGUUGUUAGACACUUCAGCACCUCUACAUUGAUCUUGGGACGAAGUGGUACUGGCAAAACCUCAUGUUUGUUAUUUAAGAUGCUUGCCAGGCACAUGUUGAAGGAGUCGGCUUCGGACGAGCAGCAAGCUCGACAGCUCCUCUUGACCCGCUCGUCUUACUUGGCUUCGAAGCUGCAGACCUACGCAAAGACUCUUAUUGAUACUCAAGCCACCGCUGCAUCGAAACCUCCAGAUCAGGAUUUUGAUCCAAAGCCUACUUCAUUCUUUGCUUUGCGUCGUGGGAACUUCCCGGUCAUUUGCACUUAUGAGGCCUUCCUCGACUUCAUGGAGAACACACUUAGGAUGGCGGAUCGGAAAGACUUUUUACACGACAUCACCUCCAACAAGACGAAGAAGAACAUUGACAGUCAAAUGGACAUGCCCCGGAAAGUUGACUUCAAUAUUUUCAAGACUGAGUACUGGGGUUGUUUAUCCGGACUGGCCCCAGCCUCUUGUUCCCCAGAACUGCUCUUCGCCGAGAUCAUGGGCGUUAUUAAGGGCUGCAAUAUUGUUGCAAAGCGAUUAAAGUCACUACGGCGUGCGGAAUAUGUCUCGAAGAAUGCAAAGGCUUCCCCUGCCUUUGCCUCCGAGGCUGACCGCGAGAAAGUAUUUGCGGCUUUUGAACGCUACGAAAAGCAGAAGAAACAGCGCAAAGAGAUUGAUGAACUAGAUCGCGUUACCUCACUCCUCAGAUCACUUGAGGAGAAUCCUGCGAUUGCACAGCAGGUCCGGCGCUGUUUCGAGGAGAUCUACGUUGAUGAAAUUCAAGAUCUUCGCUGUCUUGACGUCGUCUUGCUUCUGGGUUGUCUGAGCGACGCCCGCGGAAUUCAUCUCGCUGGUGAUACUGCUCAGUGUAUCUCGAAGGAUUCAGUUUUCCGAUUCCCAGAGAUAAAAGACUUGUUUUAUGAUCAUUACGAGGUCACUGCUAAGCAGCUGAAUCAACCUCUGUUGGCGAAGCCAGUUCAGUUCUCACUGUCAAAGAACUAUCGUUCGCACCAGGGAAUUUUAAGCUUCGCGUCAUGGGUGAUGCAACUGCUCUGGAAUGGGUUCCCUGAGACCAUUGACAAAUUGGAGCCAGAGAUUGGCGAGACUGGAGGACCCAAGCCCAUUAUAUUUGCUGGGUUUGACGCUUCAAUCCUCUCCGCCAAGAUGAUAGGGCUAGUCAAGCUCAAUGACCAGGUUGCUGAUUUUGGCGCUGAGCAAGUCAUCAUCGUCCGAGACGAUUUAGCGAAAGACAAACUCCAGACUCAGAUCGGCAAAAUUGCUCUCGUGCUCACUGUUCUUGAGAGUAAGGGCAUGGAGUUUGACGACGUAUUGAUCUAUGACUUCUUCGGCAGCAGUGAGCUGGGUAGCAGCUACCGUUGCCUCCACAUGAUUGCCACUCCUUCGCGGGCACACUUUGACCCUCAAAAACACGCUGCCCUUUGUUCCGAGCUCAAGCAUCUCUACGUCGCCGUCACCCGAGCACGAAGGCAGCUUUGGUUUAUGGAAACCCAGGGGAAGAGCAUUGGUCCCAUUCUUGAAGCCCUCUUGAAAAGUGGCAGCCUCGAACUCGCUGAGUUGGUCAAGCAAAAGGACCCGAAUGUUGCUGAAAAGGUCAAAGUCCUGCGAGCUGGAGGCUCCGUGGACCCUGAAAGAUGGCUGAAACGAGCAAGUCAUCUGCUGAAUCAGAAGAACUUUGCAGAUGCAUUAUUUUGCUACAGGAAGACCAAGGACGUUCCAGGAAUUGCCCGCUCACAGGCUUGUUUACAUGAGCAAGAAGCAAGAGCCUACAAAGCAGCUGGUGAUUACGAGAAUUCUACCGCUUGCUUCGAGAAAGCAAUCACACUUUUCCUUGAAAUUGGCUUCAUCGAUGAGGCCGCAUCCUGCUACGAAGUUCUUGGGCAAUUUGACAAACUUGCAGCAAUCUGGGAAAACCGUGGUCAGUAUGUAAAGGCUGCAGGAUUCUAUGAGAAGGGCAACAUGUUCAAAGAAGCCUCCUUGUGCUACCAUUUGUGCACCGAAUACGAGCAAGCAGUGGAGGUUUUGCGCCGCGGUGACCAAUUCGAUGAGCUCAUCCCAUAUAUCAACCGAAACCGCGAGUAUCUCAACGAGGCUACGCUCCUUCGUUACUCAAGGCUAUGCAAUAUUUUACUCAAACAGGGACGAGUCUCUGCCAAUUUGAGACUAGCCACAAUCAACAUGCUCGGAACAGAUGCAUCUAAGGUGGCUUUCUUCAAAGAGUUCGAGAUGUGGGACCAGCUGCGUGGCCUUUUCUACACCAGUGGGAGAUGGUUUGAGUAUUAUGAGCUGUCGCUGGCAGUUGGCGAUAUCUCUGCAGCUCUGAACACAAUGCUGCGGUUCGGACUUUUGCCUGCAGCUGACAAACAGAUUGCUCAGAUGCUGUUUCACUACGCCAUGGCAGAAGCCUUUUAUGGUCGCAAUAAUCUGUCUCCUCCUAUCUACGAACGAGAUAAGAUCUUGAGGGCUGUUAAAUCAACCUGUCUUGAGCAAUUGGGUAAACAAUGGGGUGACUUGCACAAGUUUGGUGACGAAAUUUAUGACGAGAAAGCCUCGAUGUCAAUAAAGAGACUGCAGAACGGUCUUCUGAAAGACUUCUUUUGUCUUUAUGCCGUCACCUUUGAGAAAGGUAUUUUCCAUCGAGCUAACGGAUUGCUUCUUCCAAUGGACAUGAUCUCGCGAGUCGGCCGGCUCCUGCAGGAUUUCGAUGCAAAUAUCAAGUCUUCAUACAACUGCCUAGCCCUUGUUUUUGGUAUCUUCGCCGAUCCAAAGCAAGACACGCUGUCAAUUGUGCUUGACUGGUCCCCUUUGAGACAUAUGGAUUCCACAACUCAUGCGCUUCCGGAAGGUUCCUCGAUGCAGGAUAUGCUCAACUAUGCGAAAACUAUUGUUCAAGAUAGAUUCAGCGCAGCAUUUGCCCUAUUCCAUGACACCGCUAUGGCUCGCAUGAAAAUGGAACUCCCGAUUCCAUGUCUCAAUCAGCUUUGGAGAGGUCACUGUCCAAAGGCCGAUGACUGCACAUACGACCAUCAAAAGGUUACGGAUGACAUGGUUUGUCAAAAGUUCAAGUAUCUUCUCGCCGUUGCUGAGGUUUUUGCGAGAGCCACACCCCUUUAUCGAGGAAAAUACCUCAAGGAGGACUUCAGUAGACACUUUUGGGGGCGCAGGAGAUAUUGGGUACAAAAGAUCCAAGAGGAGCUGCUGCUCAUCAGUUCCAUGGAUCAAUCAGCCCUUGCAAUUACACAACUGCGGCACAUUUUGUACAACAACCCAGAGUUCAUGGCAACUGCCUAUUGCCUCGAAGAUUUGUUUUAUCAUCGCAUGCACCACGAGUGGAGAAGCUACUGCACUCUGACCUCUUUCUUGGACAAAGUUCAGCAAGCUCAAACUCUCGGACCUCAAACGGCGCAACGAUUCCAUCGACAAGUGGUGCGUAAGAUUGAGCAAAACAUGUCUCAAAGCGAACGCAGCAUGGGAGGGACCAGGAAGUCGCAUCAUCCACUCGCAGCACCCCUGGCCGGAUUGAAGACAGCCGAGAGGAUUCGCAUUGCAGUUGAGAGGCGCAGUUCCGACUUUCCGAACGCCGUCAAAGAGUUUCUCCAGUGCAUCGACAAGGGCGCUGCAUCUUCCCUAACCCAUUUCCAUGCAUUGAUUUGUGUGCUCGAGUUGGCAGCCACAUACAUUCUUUCUAUUUCAAGCCCGGAUAAUGCAAUUGUAGUACCCUGGUCCUGGGCUCUCUUGUAUCUUCCAACAAUCAUGCUGUCGUCAGGCAAAAGUCACUUCAAAGAAAGGGGGAAGCACACCAUCGAGACUGCGACCAGCUCGACCGAAUUUAGCUUCCAAGGCAAGGGAUCGUUUAAUACACCGUCGGUUGCGAUGAGACGUCGCUACACUGAUUUCCUCACGACCGUGCUUCUUAAUCUGCAGAACUGGCCCAACCCGCCAAAGGGUCUCAAGGAAAUGAUCACAUUGGUUCAUAAGACACUGCGUGCCUAUCUUCCAAAGAACAUGCAUAUCGGUCUAGUCGGCCAUGACACGUUCCGACAGACUUGCAUUCGUGAAUACGACGUCUACCACCAGAAAGAUGAGAUUUGCGUCAUUACACUUGACAACAAAGAAACUGCUCCUUUAUUCCUGCGAUCAAUGGUCCAGAGUAACGCCAAGUUCUGCACGCUAGACGAUAUUCUACGCGUCUCUCACGCGGUGGAACAAACAUCUGCACAGCCAGAUCAGACAGGAGAGACCUCCAAUGUCGAAGAAUACACAUGCUACGAGAUCGACAUGAUUGUCAAUCUUCAACGGCGCUGGCGGAAGGUGAUGAGAGUAUUCGAAGUCAACCGUCGCUCACGGGCGACGCGUGAAGGGAAAUUGAUCGAACGCUUGCAUGAUAUUAGCUCCAACAUCCUUCCAGCAGCUGGCUGGUCUGCCCUGGACAAAAUUCACAUACGCAAGGUGCUCUUCACCGAUGGCAUCCGGGUCGUCCGCGAUAUGGAGGUUCAGCUCGCUUGUCUCCAGCAGUUGAACAAUAAGUGGCGCUAUCAGUUUAACAACUGUCAGUCCACUAUCAAGCUGGAGGAGCUUUCUGCUCUUCGUGGCGACAUCCUCGGUCUUGAGAAGAAGCUCAACUACGUACUUGAGAAUUGGUCCCUAAGAGGCCUUGAGAAGGGGCUCAUGCAGCUGGCCCCCACGCCCUCGGUGCCGGUGCUCGGGAUGCCCAGCGUACUCUUUUGGCUGUUCAAUGUGAUAUGGACAUGCUCAUGUCUCUGGUCCAUGCGAUUGCGACCAAUAGUCGCUAAGGCGGUUUCUUCAUAUUCCGUCUAA